CCAUCAUCUCAUACAUCCAGUCCAUCACUACAUAAGUUGCUUAUUUGUGAAAUUCAUUUCACUAUCACAUUUCUUCUCCACUCUAUUUUAUUGGUCCCUGUUGUUAAUCGUAAAAUUUCACACAAACUUCCCUGAAAGAAUGAGACGAAGUAUUGCAAAUGUUCUGGAAGGAUCUGGAAUUAUCCCCGUUGACGUGAUGAAAUCGCGAGAGGACGUAACAAAUCUUAUUGUGGCAACAAAAGUCCAAAAAGGUGUCACAUGGAAAUCAGUAGCGGAAAAAAUUGGCAAAAGCAAAGAGUGGACAACUGCAGCAUGCUUAGGUCAAAUGACCAUGUCAAAGGAGCAAGCAGAAAAAGUUGCUGAAAUAUUUGAUCUGCCAGAAAGCGCUCUCUCAUGGCUUCAAACAGUUCCUCACAAAGGCACACCGGGAAUUCCUUCUGAUCCAAUCCUUUAUCGAUUACAUGAGGUGAUAACAGUGUAUGGACCUACGAUCAAGGAGCUAAUUGCGGAAGAAUUUGGUGAUGGUAUAAUGAGUGCAAUUGAUUUCAAUUUAACUGUCGCACGUGAAAAAAAUGAGCAAGGUGAUCGAGUAUCACUUGUAUUAUCAGGCAAAUUUUUGCCUUAUAAAGACUUUUAAAUGGAAAAUAUUGAAUUAUCAUUAAAUGC